AAUGUCAACAAAGUUCGGAGAAAAGGCCGAAAAAAGUGCAUCACGGUACGUUAAAUCAGGGAAUUAAAGAAUAUCAAGAAGCCUGAAAGCAACUUGAGAAAGAGAGAAAAAAGCAGAAACAUUGUGUUAUGUAAUGAUCCGUUUUUGUGGUAAAUUCAGAGCUUCUUUCCCUGGUUUAUGGAAAUUUUAUUACAUUGGUUCGGUGAAAUCCGUAUUAAAUAUCACUCAAAGACCUAUCCAGAUGUCAGAUUCAAAGAAGAAAGUCCUCUUAGCCUUAGACUUUGACCACACAAUGAUAGACAACAAUUGUGAUACAUACAUAUACAAGUUAGCUCCAGGGCACAAGAUACCUGAUGACCUAAAGAGCUUGUAUAGGAAAGAUGGAUGGACACAUUACAUGGGUGAGGUGUUCAAAUAUCUCUGUCAGAAUGAUGUUACCAAAGAAAAGCUUCUCAACUGCCUGAGUGAAAUCCAGUUAACAGACAGCAUGAGAGAGCUGUUACUAGGUGUUCCCAGAGAUGCCACAGAAUUUAUUAUUAUCUCUGAUGCCAACUCAGUGUUUAUUGAUCAUAUUCUCAGAAAUGUGGGAUUAAGAGACCUGUUUCAGGAGAUAUUCACCAACCCAGCAGAAUUUAGUAAAGAUGGCUGCUUGCACAUAGAAAUGUAUCACCAUCAAGACUGGUGCACGCUCAGCACCAAGAACCUGUGCAAGGGCUCCAUCCUGGCCGACUACGUGAAGUUGCGGGGAGAGGAAAACAUCACCUUCUCCACCAUCGCAUACGUGGGAGAUGGCACCAAUGACUUCUGCCCCAGCCUCUACCUCAGAGAAUGCGACAUUGUGUUCCCUCGCUGCGGCUACAACCUUCUUAACUUUAUACCCAAGAUGGAGGCCGAGAAGGGGAUGAAGCUGGCAGCUGACGUCUGUCCAUGGGACUCGGGGAAGGACAUCCUGGAGAGAUUGCUGCCUUGUUACGACGAUCCCAUGCUUUCCAAUUUACCCCAUCCCAGACUUAGAAGUCCAUCGCAAAGAGACUAGACUGUCCUCUUUUUCCUCCACUGCAAUUUUGUCUUCAGUUUCAUUUAGAUUUUGUUUUCCUUUUUCUUCUUUUUCUUUCUCUCUUUCCCAACUGAAUCUCACUUGCAGUGUUUUUUUUUUUUUCUCUCUCUACUUUUCUCCUUUUCCAUUGAUUUGUUUUCUUUUUUCUAUAUCCUUUGCUUGGUCAUUUUUUAUUUUUUCUUCUUUUUCUUCUUCAUCUUCUUUACUCUUUCUCAUUUUUCAUCUUUUACAUGAUCAGUUCUUUGAUAUUGUAAAUAUGUGUGCUUCUUUAAUAUCUUAUUAAUAUCUAUGUAUUCAUCUUCCCAUUUAUCUCCUUACUUGUUUUAUACCAUGUCAUAUAUUCAUUACCCUUCUAUAAGUAUUUCUAUCAGCAGUAUUCUAAAAAGAAAGGAAAAAAAGGAAAAGUUUUAUGAAUGUAAUAUGAUAUCUGAGAUGAAUAUAUGUAUGCAUAUAUAUGUGUAUGUCUAUGUAUAUAUGUAUGUACAU